UGUGGAACCAUAUUAGAAUGUGAUUCGUGAUGAACGGAUAAAGACCUGAUAGUUUGGCUCCCACGCGGUUGCGGGAUUUUUGUUCGCAAAACAUCCAUAUUUUGACGGUAUUUUCAAUUAACAAGAAGGGAUUUCCAAAGAAGGACAACACCACCAACAAUGGCGGCGAAUUAAAUUGUGGUUUCUCGGUUGGAAGGCGAGCUAAAUGGAAAACCAUUUUGUAGCUGCUUAUUGGAUUACCGUAAAUUGAUUCCGGGGGUGGACGGUAGAGAAACGGACUGAUGGAAGGUUAUUGGCGACCAACUAAAAGUGUUACAUAAUUGUGAAAAAUGAAUGGGUUUUGAGAUAAAAAAGUGACCUAGGAAAGUUCUGCUCCACGCUUAUGCGGUAAAAGAUCGUCGAUAGUGGAUUUUGCUUUGUAGUAAAUGACGAAAAGUGGAACUGCAAAAAUAAUCUCGAUAAGGAGCGCUAUUUAGAGUGGAUUGUGAAAAUAGAAUUUGGCAGAGGAUCGUGAGUGUGGGAAAAGGAUUAAAAUUGAUUAGAUUUGGAGGCGGGUGAAUUUUGGUGGCGCGAUGGAGUUGAGAACGACGAUUUUGAUGUUGCUGCUGGUGUGCUGUGUUGGAUUGGCGCGAUCUGAAGCUAUUGCCAUCGAGCAGAUACUGUCGCUAUGCUGCCAGGAAGGAGAAGAAUGGGGCACCCAAAAUAGGUUAUGCUCGAGUUUCAACAAAUCGCUGGAACUGGUCCCGGGCGAGCUGCGGGGACUGUGCCUUUCGACGAUUGAAAUCUGCUGCUCUAAGCAGCACAAGAUUUAUCAAUGCACGGCGGGACAGAUUGCUGCCCGUCAGGGUCUCAGCUGUUCCUUGAAGGGCGAUCACUCUGGAUCGGAGUUUUAUACGGACUGCUGUGAAGCCUGCAAAAUUGGACUGGUGGUUGGAUCUAGCGCGAGCAAGUGUUCCGUGGAACCGUUCGCCUUCGGGAGUCCCUGGGAUGAAGUAUACGAUGGAUGCUGCAAGGAUAUUAAACAAGGCGAGGAUACAUUCGUUCUAAACGAAGAGGAUGAAAACAACUUAUGCGGUCGCUUUGCAAAUCUUUGUUCGCAAAUUUGUGAGAACACUGAAGCCGGAUCCUACAAGUGCAAGUGUCACCAAGGGUACACGCUGCUGGAUGAUAGGAAAACUUGCGUACAGAUUACGUCGGAGGACGAGAAUGAAAUCUCUGUGGACGAAACUUUGUCGGACUGUCGCCGCGGUUACGAGAAGGACCAACGAACGGGCGAAUGUGCUGACGUUGACGAAUGCGAAACGGGUGAAGCCACCUGCGACAUCGAGCGGCAGGUUUGUAUGAAUUUCGAUGGCGGCUAUCGCUGUUUGGACAUCCAGGACGUGAAGUGUGAUGCCGGCUUCCGGUACGAUCGAAAAGCUGGCCAAUGUGAAGAUAUAAAUGAGUGCUUAGAGCAGACUGAUGCUUGCGAUAGGGAAACUCAGCACUGCAUGAAUGGACGCGGGAAUUAUACCUGCCAGCAGAAAGCGGUGGAAAAAUGCUUGCCUGGGUACAUCUAUGACAGUGCCAGCAAGCUGUGUGAAGAUAUCAACGAGUGCGAGGACGUGGCAGCAUGUGACGAGGGUUUCCAAUGUGUCAACAUUAAAGGGUCCUACGACUGUAUAGCCGUUGUAAAAAACUAUCCACUCAGAACGCCACCGAAGAAAAAGGUCGAAUCCUGUGCACCUGGAUUCCGGCGCCACAACGAUCAGUGCGUAGAUAUUGACGAGUGUGCCGCCGAUAAGUAUGCUUGCGAUAGUAACCAGGUCUGUACAAAUGAAAUUGGCGGUUUUCGCUGUGACUGUAAAAUCGGCUUCAUGCUGGAUCAGGUGACCAAUGCUUGCGUGGACAUAAACGAGUGCCAAAUCAAUGCUCACGAAUGUUUGGAAAGCCAGCGAUGCGACAACACGAUAGGAUCGUACACGUGCAUCCGCUUGCAAAGUUGUGGCACGGGUUAUACGUUAAAUGCAGAAUCCGGAAACUGCGAUGACGAUGAUGAAUGUGCCCUGGGACGACACAAUUGUGUGCACCCGUACGAGUGCUUCAACACGAAAGGAUCAUUCCGCUGUCGGCAGAGGUCAAGGUAUGCACCGGCCGUAAGUAGCCCCGCUAGAAGCGAUAGUAGUACCAGCACUAGCACUAGCACAAGCACGAGCACUACAACUACUGCUCGUCCUGUCUAUUACACGCAACCACCCAGGACCACUGGAUCACAUUCGCAUUCGUACCAACCGUCUGGCCAGCAGGUUGAGUACAACCGAUAUCUUGGAUCCUGUGGAAUCGGAUUCGAACGGAAUGCACUCGGGGCUUGUGUUGACAUUGACGAAUGCGCACGUCCGAAUGCUUGCAAACAGAAUCAGCGAUGUGUGAAUGGGAAUGGAUCCUAUCGGUGUUAUGAUUUGUUGGUUUGCCCGAAUGGUUUCAUGGCAAGCAACGAUGGAACGGAGUGUUUAGAUAUCGACGAGUGCAACACUGGUGAAGCCAAAUGCGGCCCCGAUCAGGUCUGCAAGAACAAACGGGGCGGAUAUGUAUGCCUCUGUCCACCGGGUCACAUCAUCGGACGGAAUCACCGCUGUGAGGACAUAAACGAGUGUGAUCUGCACAAGGGUAAGGUAUGCCCGCAGAACUCGGACUGCGUAAAUACGGUUGGAUCGUACCGGUGCGACUGUAAGGUCGGCUUCCGGAAGGAUCGUCCCGAAGAUCUAGUGUGUACCGAUGUGGAUGAGUGUAGUGAAAUUUCCGGACUGUGCCACCAGCGGUGUAUCAAUUACUGGGGCUCUUAUCGGUGCGGUUGCGAUCCGGGAUACAAACUGGCCCUGAACAAUCGAACCUGCGACGAUGUCGACGAGUGCGAGGAGUAUAAGGCUAAUAAUUUGUGUGUGGGAUUCUGCGAAAACACACCCGGCUCGUACGGUUGCCGAUGCCCGCAAGGUUAUAAACUGGGUCAUGAUGGCCGCAGUUGCAUCGAUAUCGAUGAGUGUGAGGCGAGAGAUGUAUGCACCGGACGGAACGAAAUUUGCACUAAUAUUCGCGGUAGUUAUCGCUGUACUCGCAUUAACUGUCCACAUGAAUACGAAAUCGAUCCCGAUAGGAAUAACCGCUGCCGGCGGACAACCAAAUACUGCAAUCCCGGUGACCAGGAGUGUCUGCGGAAACCGACGUCCUACUCGUACAACUUCAUAACGCUGGUUUCGAAAAUGCCAGUGCCUCCCUCGGGACGGGCUCUGUUCAAUUUACGAGGACCCACCUGGUACGAGGCGAUUGACUUCGAUCUGAAGGUGGUCUCGGUUGAUGCACCGCCUACCGUUCGUCCGGCGGAUCAGCGUUUUUUCAGUUUGAACAAACUAUCCAACGAGGUUCUACUGAAUUUGGUUAAAAGUAUAGAAGGCCCACAGGAUAUCGAGCUGGAGUUGAGUAUGCUAGUUUUUAAGGAUGGACAGCCGUUCGGCUCAAAUAUCGCCAAGUUAUAUCUAAUGGUUUCGGCCUAUGAAUUCUGAUUGAUCUGGAAGUGCUUUAAAGGAAGGUUCGGUUGAUUAAUUUGCUUUAAAAAACAAGCUCGUUUACUUAAUUUGUUUAGUUUUAUAUAAAAGUUAAGAAUAAAGUGUUCCUUUAGGUAAGUUUUUUCAAAUAAAUUUGUAAUUGCUAA